UUCAAUUAAAAACGCACUUAGGUAACCAAUUGACUUUAAAAUUCCAUUUAGUAUAAAUUAAUUUAUUUCAUCGUUAACUUUUUAUUACGUGAUGAAAAUACAUGCGUGGACCGAAACUCAUAAUUAACGUUUCGUUUUACAUAAAAAAAUUAUAAGUGACUGAAUUUUAUUUUUGUUAAUCAAAUAAGAGAAAUGUAUUGAUUAUCAUUUAAAAAUAACAAAUAUAAAAAAAAUAUGUUUGAUAUUUCAAAGCAUUUUUAUACAUGUAUGUUUUGCUUAUUUUGAUAAUUCUGAUCCGACAUACAAAUGCGUAAACCGAAACGUGGCGUUUUUGUUUUGUUUUCAUUUGACGUUUGUACCUAUUGAUUUACUUCAAAGUCGAGACGGUCGAGACCGGCGUAGGUUCAAUAUCUGUAGAAAACUGUAAAAACGUAUUUUCAAUAAGUGAAACAAUGCCGGACAACAGUGAUACCGAGGGUAAUGAUCCCGAGCCCACGCCGGGCACGAGUGGCUUGCAGAGUUUUAGUAAACUCGAAGUGAAAUCCGAUGUGGACGACGACGGUUCCACUUCAGACUCGGAAAUAAAUGCGUACAGUGUGAGAUUCAACCCUAUGAAGGCUUUAUAUUCAGACAGAAUCUUGCUACCAGUGCCCGAUGCGCCUGUUUACGAGAAUUUACAGCAAUUCGAAGCGGCACUGUUGAAAAAUCAGCAAAUAUUAGCGGUCGGCAUGGGACAGCAGGUUCAGGAGCGGGAGAAAAAGAAAUUGGAGCGUAAACAAGCAUACGAGCAGGCCCUUGAAGAGAAAAACAAGCAGCGUUUUGCAAAAUACGAAGUGGCCGUGCGACCGGAGAGGAAGCAGGGGAAAAAUGUGCUGACCCGGGAGGAAACAGUCACGGGCCCUCUCUCCGCCCUUCGGAAUGCCAUGCAAAAGAAUUUGAGGGUCAAGGUGAUCACCAGAGGUCCGUCAGGGGUCCGCGGCACCCUCCACGGGGACCUCACAGCCUUCGACAAGCAUUGGAACCUGGUGCUCACAAAUGUUCUCGAGAUUUACAGCAGGAAAGCGGUCAGGAAACUGAAGUACCCACCCGCGGGCGGUCGUCCAGUACCCCAAGGAACCGCGAACAUGGUCUCCCCCCUGCCAAUCGAGGUGGUGUCGUCGCAGGGAAACAAGAUCUUCGAGUGUUCGCGUCACAUCCCCCAGUUGCUAGUAAGGGGCGAACAUGUCGUUCUAAUAAAUGUGAUAGAUCAGUAUCGAAAUGAAUAAGCGAAGUGUCGCAGGGACACAGUAUCUUUGAGGAUUCCGACACAUUCGUCAGUUGCUAGUGAGCGAACAUGUCGUUCUAAUGAACGUGGUGGAUCAGUACCGAACUAAAUAAGCGAGGUGUUGCAGGGAUACAGGAUCUUCUGAUGUUCCCGACACGUCUCUCAGUUGCUAGUGAGUGAACAUGUCGUUCUAAUAAUUGUGGUAGAUCAGUAUGGAAAUAAGUGAUGUGUCGCAGGGACACAGGCUCUUCGAGUGUCCCGAUACAUUCCUCAGCUGCUAGUGGGCGAACAUGUCGUUCUAAUAAAUGUGAUAGAUCAGUAUCGAAAUAAAUAAGCGAGGUGUCGCAGGGACACGGGCUCUUCGAGUGUCCUGAUACAUUCCUCAGCUGCUAGUGGGCGAACAUGUCGUUCUAAUAAAUGUGAUAGAUCAGUAUCGAAAUAAAUAAGCGAAGUGUCGCAGGGAUACAGGAUCUUCCAAUGUUCCCGACACAUUUCUCAGCUGCUAGUGAGCGAACAUGUCGUUCUAAUAAAUGUGAUGAAUCAGUACCGAAUUAAAUAAGCGAGUUUAUCUUUUUGCUGGCAUCAUAGAGGGUUUCUGAUACUCGUAUGUGUGUAGAAUAAACUGAAAUAGAAGUCAUAACGCUAUCUUCGUGGCGUCUUUGGCUAUCGCGGUUAACUUCCUAGACCUCUAGGCUACCCCGUCGCAAAACACAAAUCGAAAUCAAAUUCCUCUUGUAUUGUGGGUGUCCAUGGGCGGCGGUAAUCGCUUAGCAUCAGGGGAUCCGUCUUCUCGUUUGUCACCUAUAUCAUUAAAAUAUAUAUAUAUGAUAAAAAGAAUUUUGUGCCCAUAACGUUAUGUGUGUGGAUAUUACUAUGUCCAGUCAAGGUAUUAAAUAUAGACCCGGUCAAAGUGCCAUAAAUAUGUACACACUACCUUGAUGUAUAAGGUCGUGUAUACAUAUUUUUGACACUUUGUCCGUGUCGAUAUUUAAUACCUUGACUGUACUUCCUAGCUUCAACUCUAUUCCGCACGUUUUUUCAGUGUACGCCAUACCCUUAUACGCGUUCUUGGCGCUUUCAUCACGCUGACAAUAGUCACCUGACACUAACAAUUUCUGUAUAUUUCCGGGUCGAUAAGGACAGUGUGUAGCGUCAAUGUUGACUUGGACUAGCAAUAUAUGACGAAUUGUCAUUGUCAGAUGACAAUUGUCAAGUUGAUGAAAAUUGGCGCAAGGUGUCUAGAUGAUUUUUUUUGGAUAUCUGGUUAUCAUGUAGUCUGUAUACACAUAUAUCACCAAUUCAUGUGUAGACUCAGACCAAGAUAAGUCUGCAACGAUUUUGAUAGUACACGCAGUGCAAGUAUUAUUUUAACGUCAUAAUUUCGUAUAAGUUUGACAUUUAAAAUAACACUUGUACUGCGUGUGCUAUAAAAACGUUGCAGACUUAUCUUGGUGUAACUAUAUAAUUAUGUAAUAAAAAGCCCGAAUCAUGUGUAAUUCGUCCAAUAGAUAUAAGUAAAUACCAACAAUGGGAAUAAGCAGAAAAAUCUAAAAAUCAUGUAACAUUACCAGGGCCUAGUAAACAUGACAAACGAUGAUAGAAAUCGCCUAUCAAAACUUAAAAGAUGCAUGGAAAUAAUGUCCUCCUAACGUAAAGUGCAAUGACUCGUUUUAAAAUAUCAUUCAAUUGUCUACCUUGUUCCCAUACGAUAGGUCACAUAAUUGAAAGAUAUUUCAUUCCACGUUAGGUGGGCAGAAUAGUCACGUGACUUUUCACAGCAUGUCAUGCCGGUACAUUUGUCGAUGUACGAUUGUCACUUCGGCUUGGGCCCCCGGAUAAUGUUUUCUCUCGGGUAGCACCCCUUCAUGGAGUUAUACUGCACGCCAAGCCCAUUGAAUGUUUUUUAUGAUGUAGGAGGUAAACGAGCAGGCAAAUCGACCUUUAGCAAGCGAUCACCGUCGCCCAUGGACACCUGCAAUUGGUUGCAAGUGCGUCCUUUAAGCUCUUUUCUU